AUGUGGGACAUGAUAAAAGCACAUGUUUUCCCUUGGUUUGGCUUGGAUAUUGGAGGGACCUUGGUCAAGCUGGUGUAUUUCGAACCAAAGGACAUCACGGCCGAAGAGGAGGAGGAGGAAGUGGAAAACCUGAAGAGCAUCCGCAAAUACCUGACGUCAAACGUAGCCUACGGGUCUACGGGCAUUCGGGAUGUGCACCUGGAGCUGAAGGACCUUACCCUGUGUGGACGUAAAGGCAAUCUGCACUUUAUCCGCUUCCCUACCCAUGACAUGCCUGCUUUUAUCCAAAUGGGAAGCGAAAAGCACUUCUCGAGCCUCCAUACUACCUUAUGUGCCACGGGAGGUGGAGCGUACAAAUUUGAGCAGGACUUUCUCACAAUGGGUGACCUUCAGCUUUGUAAGCUGGAUGAACUCGAUUGCCUUAUUAAAGGAGUUCUGUACAUUGAUUCAGUUGGAUUCAAUGGACAUUCAGAGUGCUACUAUUUUGAAAACCCAACGGAUGCUGAAAGAUGUCAGAAGCUCCCAUUCAACUUGGAGAACCCAUAUCCUCUCCUCUUGGUGAACAUUGGCUCAGGGGUCAGCAUUUUGGCUGUGUAUUCAAAAGAAAACUAUAAACGGGUAACAGGCACCAGCCUCGGAGGGGGAACCUUUUUUGGUCUCUGCUGCCUUCUUACUGGUUGCUCCACCUUCGAAGAGGCCCUAGAGAUGGCAUCCCAUGGAGACAGCACCAAAGUGGACAAACUAGUGCGGGACAUUUAUGGAGGAGACUACGAGCGAUUCGGGUUGCCAGGCUGGGCUGUAGCAUCCAGCUUUGGAAACAUGAUGAGCAAGGAGAAGAGGGAAUCUGUCAGCAAAGAGGACCUGGCAAAGGCUACUUUAAUAACCAUCACUAACAACAUUGGCUCCAUAGCACGGAUGUGUGCACUUAAUGAGAACAUCAAUCGAGUGGUGUUUGUUGGCAAUUUCCUUCGGAUCAACACAAUCUCCAUGAGGCUUCUGGCAUAUGCUUUGGACUACUGGUCAAAGGGACAGUUAAAAGCACUUUUCUUGGAACAUGAGGGUUACUUUGGUGCAGUUGGGGCUCUCCUGGAACUCCUGGAUUCCCCCUGA